CCUAAAGGAGUUCUUGGUAACAAAAAAGCCAUUUCCCCUCCCCCAUUUUCUUUCUUUUUCCUUUUCCUUCCCCCUUCUUUCUCUCUCUUUCUCUCUCAAUCCUAAGCCUAAGCCUCCCCUACCCCAUAUCAUAGCAAAAAAUCUAGGGGAAAAAAUUAUACAAGGAGGCUUCACCAUUUUUAUCUUAAUUUUUUAAUUUUUAUGAUUAGGCCCCCAAAGUCUCUUCAUUUCCUACCGGUAAGCAAGCCAUCCUUUUUAAUAAUUUUCUUCAAAUAAAUUUGAUAUUUUUCCUUUGGUUUAAGGGGUCCAAGAUCAAGUCUUUUUAGUAGUUUCUUUGUAGAGAUAUAUAAUUCUGGUAGUUUCUUGUUGUUCUUGUUAUCUGGGGUUGUUGGUGUGUGUUUGUUGGAAGCAAGGAUAAGGAGAGUGAAACUGAAAGAGACCCUUACUUCAGAAAAAGGCUGAGAUGGGUUUGCCUUAGAUCCAGGAAACUCAACUUGUAUGUGCCAAAAAGUUUACCUUUUUAGGGGGUUUUCCAGUGAUUAUCUGUGCUUUAUCCUAGGUUCUUUCUUAUGCUACCUUUUGCUUUUUGGGUUUAUUACAGAUAAAGCUUUGAAUUUGUUGUUUCCAUUUUUUUGUUAAAAAAAUGGGUAGGCUUGGUGUGGAUAGGAUUUAAUCACCUUGAUUGGAUUGGUUUUAAAUUUCAGUAAUUAUAAGGGUUGAUCCUUAGGUGCUUCUUCACCAGAUCUGAUCAAUCCUAUCAUCAUUUUGCUUUUAUUUUAACUGUUGACCCUGUCAAAAAGCUUUGUUCUUAGUGGUUUAGUACUGUUUCUUUAUUUGUUAUGAAAACGAUUGUUGUUGGGUCAUUGAGAUUCAUUGCAAUGGAGGAAGUGUUGAUAGAACCUGAUGGCUUGAUCCCAAGUUUGUUGCUGGAAGGUGAUAGUUAAGAUGAAUAUUGGUAAAUUGUUGUGGUUCACUCUUUAGAUAUUCCGAGUGGUAAUUGUUUGUGGAGUUAGAGGAGGGAAUUGAUGGAAGAGAUGUCUCCGGCAGUCGCAGUAACACUUAGCUUGGGUAACUCUAUGGGUGACAACUCUGGAAUCGCAGCCCAUGUGGAAAUCACGCCAAUCAAGCUCGUAACCGAUGCAGCGAGUUUGUCUAAGAUGUUACCCAAGAAUGGAAAUGGGUCUAUCGCUGCUAGUGAAACGAUGGUUCAGGAAAGCGAGGAAGAUGUAAUUUUGUCAGUGGACAGUAACGGAAUUAUAAAUGAGGGGUUGCUGGUUUUGAAUGCAGGUUCUGAUAUUAGCUUGCAAAAUGCGGAAAUUGAAAGUGGUCGAAUUCUUGCUAAGGCUAUUAUUUUGGGAGAGUCGAGCAUCGAUCAGGUGCCUACGGCUGAAGUACUGCUCACAACAGUGAGUCCCGAUUUAAAGAUUUCUGAUGGGUUUGAGUUAAAGGCUUCAGAAGUGGUAAUUCAGCUGCCUAAUGAAAAGAAUCUCAAUAGAGGUAGCCGGAGUGUUUUUGAGUUGGAUUGUAUACCCCUUUGGGGAUCAGUGUCUAUUAUUGGAAAAAGAGCAGAAAUGGAAGAUGCUGUUGCUGCAAUGCCUCGGUUUAUGAAGAUUCCUAUCAAAAUGCUUAUUGGUGAUCGUGUUUUUGAUGGAAUCAGUCAAGGUCUGACUGACCUUACUGGGCACUUUUUCGGUGUUUACGACGGUCAUGGUGGCUCACAGGUGGCAAACUAUUGUCGUGACCGCAUCCAUGUGGCUUUGGCAGAAGAGAUUGGGAGAAUUAAAGACAAUUUAUGUGAUGACACUAGUAAAGAGAGUCGACAGAUGCAAUGGGAGAAGACAUUUACUAGUUGCUUUCUAAAGGUCGAUGAUGAGAUCGGAGGAAAAAUUAGCCAAGGCAAUGAAGAUGCUUCUGAUGCUAGUUUCGAACCUGUUGCCCCCGAAACAGUUGGGUCAACAGCUGUGGUGGCCUUGGUUUGUUCAUCGCAUAUCGUUGUUGCUAACUGUGGUGAUUCAAGAGCAGUCUUGUGCCGUGGCAAAGAAGCCAUGGCCUUGUCAAGUGAUCACAAACCAAGCAGAGAUGAUGAGUAUGCAAGGAUUGAGGCAUCAGGAGGGAAAGUUAUACAGUGGAAUGGACAUCGUGUAUUCGGUGUUCUUGCAAUGUCAAGGUCCAUUGGUGAUAGAUAUUUGAAACCAUGGAUUAUCCCCGAACCGGAAGUUAUGUUUAUUCCUCGAGCUAGAGAAGAUGAAUGUUUGAUUUUAGCCAGUGAUGGGUUGUGGGAUGUGAUAUCGAAUGAGGAAGCUUGCGAGGUGGCUCGACGGCGAAUCCUGCUCUGGCAUAAAAAGAAUGGGGUUCCAUCUCUGGUGGAAAGAGGCAAAGGAAUCGACCCAGCGGCGCAAGCGGCAGCUGAAUACCUUUCGAUGCUGGCCAUCCAAAAAGGUAGCAGGGACAACAUCUCUGUAAUUGUUGUAGACUUGAAAGCUCGAAGGAAGUUCAAGAGCAAAACAUAAUCAGAGUCUCAACCCCCCUAAAUCCAAUCAUCUAAAAAUCAAAGUCGAUAUAGUACCUGACAUAUUAGAGACAGUACAUCUAAUGAAAUACAUAUCUCCGGUCCAUUACUUUUUCUUAUGGGCUUUAAUGUGUGUACAAGAACAGAAAUUAAUAUGUACUAUAGCAAGUGUUUUUUUACUGCCA